UGCUGAAAUUAAUAUCUAAGUAUAAAAUCAAGAUUAUAUUUAAAAAUUUGUGAUAUCCUGUUAUAUCAUUCACUAUUUAUUAAAUAAACUGCAUAAACUUAAGAAUCAUAAUGACAAAUAGUUCAAGGUAUUUAGGAUAUCAUAGUAACAUAAAUAGGGAAUAUUUAACAGAUGGAGAUGAUAGUCACCGUGCACCAUCAGAUCGUACAAUCUCUGAAUAUAUUGUGUCAACUGAUCAUACUACAAUGAUAAAAUCAAUGAAAAAAGACCAUCCAGAAAAAUAUGAAAAAGAAGAAGGAAGACAAUUACAAAAUAUACACAAUAGUCGUGGUUCUGUAUUAUCUGGAUCUUCAAGACAUAGUCUUCAUCCUCUUAGUAAAAGUACUUCGCAUGGCAGUAUAUGUGAUAAUAGUUCAGAUAUAUAUGUUACAAGUGCAGCAUACAGAGGAACUUCAGAUAUAAGCCAUAUAUCACAUCACAGUCUAACACCAAGUUCAAGAUUAGGACAUCGUGCACCUAGUCAUUGUAGUUAUGGUUCUGCAAAGUCAGUAAAAUCUCAUACAUCUAGAAAAGAUGGUAUUAUUAUAGAAACUAUGUCAACACCUAAUCCCUUUUGUCCAAAUACCAAAGGAGUUUGUUGUCUCAUGUUACUUCUUAAUCUUGGUUUAAUUCUUGUUACAUUAGGUUUUGUUAUAGUAAUUCAAUUUUUUCAACCAUUAGUCGUUUGGAUUUUGGGAAUAGUAUUUCUUGUCUUUGGAUUUUUAACAUUGAUAGGAAGUCUUAUAUACUGUGUCCAUGUAUUUCGAAAUGCAAAACAUCCACAUGAUAUUAAUCCAGAAGAUCUUUAUUGGACACGAUAUUGGCAAGGACAUGUUGGUUCAGCACCUGAAGUAUAUUACAAGGCAGAAGAUAAAUAUCAUGAUGAUGGAUAUAGUGAUCGUUUGAGUAAAUAUUCACAUAAAUAUUAUGAUCGGCAAAGAUAUUGA